AUGCCUACUCUUUAUCAUGUGCGAUUUCUAUCUCAUGCCUUGGCAGCAAUUGGGGAGAAGGAAUGGUUCUUCUACGUGCCGAGAGAUCGAAAGUACAGAAACGGGGAUCGACCAAACCGUGUUACUACUUCUGGCUACUGGAAGGCAACAGGAGCUGACCGCAUGAUUCGAGCAGAGAACUCUCGAUCAAUUGGCCUCAAGAAAACCCUAGUCUUCUACUCCGGAAAAGCUCCCAAAGGCAUCCGAACCAGUUGGAUUAUGAACGAGUAUCGUUUACCUCAGCACGAAACUGAACGUUACCAGAAGGCUGAAAUAUCGCUUUGCCGCGUCUAUAAGAGAGCUGGAGUGGAAGAUCACCCCUCACUCCCUCGCUGUCUUCCAACCAGGCCAUCCGCCUCAUUGAGAGGGCAGCAGUCGGGCAAGAAAUAUCCCCACGAUGCUGCUCAACAAGCCAUGGGAAGGUUUCACGGUUUUGGAGGACAAUCACAACAAAUGGAGAUUGAAAAGAUCAGUGAAACUGAUGGAAGCAGUAGUAGUACUUCCGAUGUUACAACAGCUCUCGGACUUUCCAAGCAGAAUGUAUACCGUCCGAUGGCUCCUAUAAGCACAACACUUGGGUUACCAUCAGGAAUAGAAGAGGAAGGAAUGUUCUUAAAUCAGUCUAAGCAAGGCUGCAGCUCUUUAGUCCCCAAUUGCACAACUGUCUUUACAGUUGGCUCUUCUGUUUCGCCAAAUGUUGUGGAUGAUCUCCACAGGCUAGUAAGCUACCAACACGCUACAAUGAAUCAGCAGCAGCAUUACUAUAGUGAUCAUCAUCAUCAACAGCAACAACAAUCCGAGCUUUCUACUUUGCCUUCACAAUCACAGCAGCUUUCUCUCAACAUGCUACCCAGCUCGCUUCCUACGGCCUUCUCGGACAGGCUGUGGGAGUGGAAUCCAAUCCCCGAAGCAAAUAGGGAGUACAACAAUCCUUUCAAGUAGGCCCUGAACUGCAUAUAUCAUACAUAUAGAUAUACUAUAUGCUGCUCUACUGAUUUGUGUCUAGACGACCUUAAUUUCUCUACUUUCAUUUUUACUAUCUCACUAGCUAGCAUUCAGAUAUAACUGAUAUCGAUCAACUAGUAUUUGUUUCUCUAGUGGAUUUUUUUUUUAUGAGGUUGUUUGAUUCCUUCAGUAGUAAUUUCUUGCUGGGGUUUAGCUAGAUAGGUCAGGGCACUGCAGCCUGGGGCUCCAAGUUAAAGAAGGAAUAUAUAUUGUCAUCAACUUAGUCAUAGUGUAGAUCUUGAAGACAAAGUAAUGUUUCCAGAUCCAACUGAAUCUGGUUAACUUACUCAGCAUUACGUUUUCUUUAAGCUUCAAAACACUGUCAUGGCCUGAAAUGGAGUUUUGCUCUCUGAUGUGUCACUGUACACCAGAGAACGAUGAUGGGAUGAUUGAUUCCCAAAGCAAAGAUUACUAGCGAAAAGCAAGAUACACCUUGAAGAGUAUUGCAGAAGUGCGGUUGGACCCAUCCCUCAAACAAAUAUCCGCAAUGAAGACAUCAAUGACUGUCCUGUUUUGAUGCUUUUGUUCGUGAAAAAGGCUUCACUAGUCAUCCCCAAAGGAAAAACAUCGUUGGAUGUUUUGCACUCAAGCUAAAAGGUAAAUGAAAAACAGACUACAUUGAGAAAGAGCAUGCCCACGAUCGAGGACAUCACACAUCUUCUGAUCUUCAUUUUGAUUAAAAGUAGUUGGAUUUAGAAACCCCUCCCAUCUGACUCUCCCUCCGCGAGUAAUUACAGACAUUAAAGAACAUAGAGCAUGGAUAAUCUGGUCUAGUUGUUUGCAGUAACCAAGUCAUAGGGCGUAGCUGUAUUUUAAACUAGGCAUCUAGGGUGCAGUCAUUAUCGCUGCAAAGUCAUGGAGAACUGCAUGUGCACACUUUGUGGGCGUGCUUGCUUCAUUGCGGGCGGAGCUUUGUGGCUGUGGCGUUUUCAGUUUAGAGCUAGAGAGGUCCAUGGCCUGUCUGUGUGCAGCGCACUGUCCUCCUAAGACCUAAUUCUACUUUAUCAGCUUCUUUUUAUUCCUCAGUGAAUGAAAAUAAAUGCAUGU